AUGCAAACCAUUGAACUUGGAAUGCCUUCAACUUCUAACGCAUCUUCUGUUUCCAGCAGAGUAAAUCCAUCAAAGGUAACUGCAAACUUUGAUGACAGUGCAAUUGAAGAACAAGAUCCUUACUUUACGGUGACUAGAAAACUUCAUGCACUGGCCGAUGUUGUUGACGCUCAGCAAAGGGAGAUUGAAAACCAAAAGAAGGACAUCCAUUCGAAGACGAAAUGUAUUGAAGAACUAAAGCUUCUUUUAGGGAAUACGAAAACUCCUACCGAAAUAGAACUUGUAUUAAACAACUAUGCUUCCGUAAGCCCUUCUUUGCCGACGCCAUCUGUACCUUCCGCUUCUGUUUCAGAUAAUGGUCUACAGGCUCCAAAGUUAAUGCAUCCUAACUCCGUAGGCUCUGGUGGUAUGGGUAGUCUCUAUUCAUUUCCCAACGGGGCUUCGUCGGCUUUGAGUGAUGUUUCUGCGUCCCUCAAUUUUCCUCGAAAACCUGAAUUGCCAAGCAGGAAGUCAACUUCCUCUGCUUCAUUUUCACUUCCUGUGAAAGGAUUAAGUAAUGAGAACUUUUCGUCUGCUUCAUCGACAUCUGAUACCCUUGAGUCAUCUAAAGCUAUAGACAGGAAAGCUAAAUUAACAUCUACCCCUUGGGAUUUAUGUAAUAACAAUCAUUCUGAUCUUUCUUUGGCCAAUAUACAACUAGAUGGAUCUAAAUCAACCAUUGCUAACAACUCUUUAUCAAACUCAUCCAAGCACGGUAUGCAAAAGUCUGUAUUUUCCGCAGGCACGGAUGUAUCCGGUGCUGAUCAAACUGCGUAUAUGCGUGAUUUAUGGCCUAAUGAAACAAAUGCAAGUAUGGCCUCUGCAACCUUAGGAUCAAACCUUGUAUCUGCCUUAAAAGCUCCUUCAUUAAGCUCCUCUAGAAGCUCUUCUUACACCAAAGGGCCAUCUAGCUCGAUCUGGGACCCAUCUAGCAAUGUAUCUCUGUCAAAUUUAACCGAUUGUCCAAAUCCCCGCGAAAAUGCCAUCCGUUAUAGAAAGCUCUCCGAAAGGAACGCUGUUUACGAUUGGAAUAUAAUUGUUAACAAGAUUAUAUUAAGCAAUGAUCAGCAAUCCUCUAUUUUUCUUCAACAAAAACUGAAGGUGGCUUCUCCUGAGAUUAAGCAAUCAAUAAUAAACUGCAUAUUAAUUCAGGCUUUUCCAUUGAUGCUGAAUCGUUUUGGUAAUUUCUUAAUCCAGCGUUGCUUCGAACAUGGAACUCCUCAUCAAAUCCGAAUUAUUGGAUCUGCUAUUCUGGGGAAUAUGUACAAAUUAGCUACCGAUCCUUUUGGAUGUCAUGUCGUUCAAAAAGCAUUUGACAAUAUUGACGAAGAUAUUAAAUAUUCCAUGAUGGAAGAACUGUUUGUAACCAUUGAUGAGACGAUAAUGCAUCAUUAUGCUUGUCAUGUUUGGCAAAAGCUCUUUGAAACACGUUGGUUUAAUUAUCCUGUGAAUGUUAUGGACCGUGUGAAUAUAGCUUUGAAAGGAAAAUGGCAUGAAGUAGCAUUAGGAGAAAAUGGAAGCUUGGUCGUUCAAAACAUGUUUGAAAAUUGUGUUGAAAAGGAUAAGCACGAUUGCGUUGAAGAAGUUAUCCUUCAUCUGGACUUGAUUGUACGGGGACAAUGGGGUAAUUGGGUAAUUCAACACAUGGUUGAAAAUUCCCAAGGCGAUGUUUUACGACGCGUAGUCGCUGCUUUGCUUCUACGAGCUACGGAGUAUAGUGUAGAUCAAUAUGCUUCCAAAGUAAUGGAAAAGGCAAUUAAAUUUGGUCCAAGGGAUUUUAUUUCUCUGUAUCUAAAACAAAUCACGAAUGCUAGAAUGGACCGUACAAGGCAACCAUUAAUUGAUAUUGCAUCAGACCAAUAUGGCAAUUAUUUAAUCCAACAAAUAAUUCAGCUUGCUCAGCCCAGUGAUCGCUCGACUGUGGUUACCCAUAUAAAAAAGCAUAUGGUAUCUCUUCGCGGAAGCAAGUACGGUCAAAAGGUUGCCUUUCUAGCUGAGAAGUGGAAAACCCAGAAUCCGCAGUUUGUUUCGAACGUUGACUUUGAUUGA